CAGAUACAUUAUCAAAAAAUUUAAAAGGUCCUAAUGUCGUCUAAUGGAAGAGAAGUGGACUUAACAAUCUCGUCGGCUAAAAACAUCAAGAACGUGAACUGGCGCAACGGGCCCAACAAACCGUACGCUGUCGUAUGGGUCGAUCCGAGGAACAAAUGCUCCACGAGAGUCGAUGAGGAUGGCGACACGUCUCCAUUUUGGAACGAGAGACUUGUCAUCCCCUUGCCUCCCGACAACAAUGUUGAUGACGGCAAGCUCUGCAUCGACAUCGUACAUGCAGGACAAGAAGAGGACACCAAACCCCUCAUUGGUUCUGCCAAACUAAGCCUCCGUGAUGUUCCCGAGGAGGUUGGCUUUGGUGUACCCUUCGUGAAAACCCUCAAGCUCAAGCGUCCUUCUGGCCGUCCUCAAGGCAAACUCGAUGUCACUGUUACCGUUCAAGAACCUCGCUAUCACCCUGCACCAAGAUCCUACCACGCUGAGCCAUACGGUGUCCAUCAGGCGCCGCCGCAACCUGAUUACGGUGCCCAGUAUGCGCCACCGCAGUACCAACACGGUGGCCCACCUGUGGGUGGAUACUCCGGGUACGAACAGUCAGGUUACGAGCACAAACCCGAGAAAGAGAAAGAGAAGGACAGCAAGUUUGGUGGGAUGGGAACGGGGCUGGCUAUUGGAGCUGUCGCCGGAGUUCUUGGUGGGAUUGCGUUAUCCGAGGGAUUUGAUGCGAUGCAAGACAACAUUGCGGAAGAGGCUGCGGAGAAGGUGGAGGAUGAUCUUGAUGAAGGAGGAGAUGAUUCUGACGGUGGUGACGACUCUGACGGCGGUGGUGAUUCUGAUUAAAUCUCAUCCCUAAUCCUUAUCAUCUAUCAUCGAAUUCUCUAUUAGCCAUCUCAUUCACUUUUCUGUUUUUUAUUUUUAUGUUCAAGUUUUCUGUUCUUGUGUUACCGCUUUUCGAGUCAUUGUAUUUUCAAUAAUCAAUUUCAAAAUAAAUUUCGUU